CAAGAAUCACAUCAGUUAAGCUAACUUUUGCUUGCCAUCACUCAUCAGUGCAGGAGAAGAAUUCACAUCAAUGGAGGUGAAGAAGGUGGCCAUGGUUGCUGCUGUCUGCUGCAUGUUCAUCCUGCUGUUUUCAGGCCAGCAGCAGCAGGUGGCUGCCAUGUCCAAGAUCUGCAGAUGCUACCGGGAAUGCCUGCCAAACUGCGGCCUGCGCAACUCGAACUCCUUCUGCAAGGUGUUCUGCGGCGGCUGCUGCAUCAUCACCGGUCAUGGCAACUGCUCUAGCACCGACGUGCGUGUGCCAACUUCGGCGGCGGCCGGAGACGGAGACGACUGCAGAACGAUCUGCCUGAUGGCCUUCUGCAGCGAGGCAGCAACCAGCCACGACGCAGCAGGGCGAAACUACGCUGAUGAUGCAGCCUGUCUCGAUGAGUGCAGCAAUUACUGGAGCAGUUAUGGCAAGCUCACCUAGGAAGUGGUUUUACCACAAGACCAGUAUCUUCUGCAACCCCUGGACUGAUGGUUAGAGAAUGAACGACAACAACAACUACGAUAGGAACAAUAGUUAAUACGUAUCAUGCUAGUGAUGGACUUUCUGUGGCACCUAAAUCAUAUUAUCAUAUAUUGGUUUGUGCUCUAUUAGACUUAGUGAUCGUGUCGCCUUCUUCUUACUCCAAUGUUUUUUUUUUGAGAAACUUCUUACUCCAAUGUGGAAGUGCGUUCCCCGCAACCUGCUUGCCGCUGAUAAAUAAAAUAUAGA